UAUACCGAGAGACAACAACUCAAGGGCAGCCAGCCGACAGUGAAGAAAAAAAUUGUUGAACACAAACCGGGGCCAUUACGCCGCACGCACUCGCUUCCCGCACCGCUGGGUCGCCUACACAAGCAUUAUUCAACCAUCCCCUCCGUCAACGCUACCGCCACACCAUCGGCAUACGCAGGGCGUGCCAAGGAUUCAUCCGAGGCUUUGGUAUCUCUCUCUGCGCUAGUCACUUUGUCCAACAUCAAUCAUUUUUGCGGGCCCCAACACACGGGAAUUAUCCAGUCUUCACCUCCCUCUGCCACCAAGAAACAAAUAUACAUUACAACAAAUCUAUCAAAGCAUUGUGAAUAG